AUGUCUCGAGUUGCCAGCCAGGCCAUGAUUCUUACUGCUGGCUUCAAGAACCAUCCAUCUUCUAAUCCAUCACCUUUGAUCAAAUCUUUGCAUGGGAUGACCUUAAGCUCAGUCAGCUCCUUGUCCGUAUAUCCAAGCCCACUCCUACUGUUCAAUUUGCACUUGCCCAGUUAUACGUCCAAGACCUUGAACGAAAACAACGGGUAUGUGGCUAUUCAUUUGUUGACAUCCAGUAGAGAGUCCAGCAGAUUGGGAAGAAUAUUUGCCAGUGGUAUCAAGCGUUCUGUGUCCACCAAUGAAGAUGAGGAUGGAGAGCCGUUCCACGAAAUGGCUACUCCUUUCAAGAAUUUACAGCCUAGUGAAUGGGAAAUGAUUAAUUUUGAAGACUACCAGAUACCCAUUUUGAAGGAAAGCGAGUGCAUAUUUGUGUGUAAGAAGCGGAAAGUGCUAGAGAUCGAUAAUCAUGAAAUAUGGGUGGUGAAUGUGUUGGACAUUAUUGAGAAUCAAGAACAGAAAACAGGUGGUCUCGUAUACUUUAACAGGAGCUUCCAUAAAGUAGGUGAAACCUUGGACGAGUGA